CCAUACCUCGAUAAUCAAUCCGAAAUGCUCUUACAAGCAAUCCAGGGAGUUCUCACCUCCGUGCGAAGUCCGACCCCAUCAAACGAGCUCAACGAAAACCUCACUCAGAUCAUUACGAUUGUAUCGAGUAUUGUCGCGGUUUCACGAGGUAGCCUCCCCAUGUCUGCCCAAGACCGGGGCUUGGGUAUCUUAAAUAUCCUCAGCGAACAUUGCGAUAAGCUGAGCGAAGUUCAACUGGAAGGAACUGUCAGCAAAGACUCUAGGCAUGUCAUGGCCAUCUCGAGCUAUGCGAUCGCAAAUGCUGUCAAAGAGUUGAUGAAGCUAUAG